AUGCUUGUCAGUUUUCCAUAUCUCUUACUAGUCAUUUGCCCGCCCUCUCCUCCAGCCCACAUCCUCGGCUUGCACGCCUACAGGCCGGCACACGCCAUACGUGGGGAGGGCAGCAGCGACGGGGAAGCAGCGACGGGCGUGGCAGCGAGGGGUAGGCAGCGACGGGAGGCACUGCAGCCACGUGCAGACCCUACGUUGCGUUGUUUUCAGAGCAAGCGCAGCGUUAUCUCACCUGCUCGCCUGUCAGGGAGCACGGUGCUGAGCCAGCAGAGGGCCGCAGUGGGACGACGCACGGCAGGCAGCCCUGCUGACCACUGCUCGCCUCUCAGGGAUCACGGUGCAAUGCAUCUCGGCAAGGAGCAAGGAGGGCGUGCAGUCUCACCUGUUGCUGGGAGCACUCUGCGCAGAGUGUCUCACCUGCUGCUGCUGAGGCUGCUGCACUGCACCUGUGGGAUGGCCUCCCUCCCCUCCCAGCUUAUGAGCUGCAGAGGAGGUGCAGAGGAGAUGAGGUGCAGUGGGAGUGCUGCUGGAGUGCUGCUGGCUGAUCCUGGCUCUGCUGGAGGUGCAUGUGGACUGAGGUGGAUGGGCGCGGUGGGUGGGAUGACGCACGGCUGGCGGCUUCACGGGGGGCAGCGCGGCGGGGCAGCAGUGGAGGCGUUCUCUGCUAAAUCCCCGCCUUCCUUCCUUCAGGGCUUCACGGGGGGCAGCGCGGCGGGGCAGCAGUGGAGGCGUUCUCUGCUAAAUCCCCGCCUUCCUUCCUUCCUUCAGGGCUUCACGGGGGGCAGCGCGGCGGGGCAGCAGUGGAGGCGUUCUCUGCUAAAUCCCCGCCUUCCUUCCUUCAGGGCUUCACGGGGGCAGCGCGGCGGGGCAGCAGUGGAGGCGUUCUCUGCUAAAUCCCCGCCUUCCUUCCUUCAGGGCUUCACCGGGGGCAGUCGGCGGGGCAGCAGUGGAGGCGUUCUCUGCUAA